AGUCCAUACACGACUGCGUAGCUUCCUAUUAUGUUUCCCAAUUCCGAUUCGUUUCUCAGAGAAUUUUAACUCCCUCGAAAAAAACCCCAAACACUCCCCCCCUCCCCCCACUAGUCCCCCAAAUUCUCAAAGGCAGGCCCUCUCUCUCCUUUCCCUCAGGGAGGUACAGGGUUCUGCGUUCAAGAUCCGAUCUCAGACCCUUAACGUUUGAUCCCUCACCUCAUUCAUUCAUGCUCUAAGAGCAAUUCGACUCAACGAUGGGCAUUUUGUUCACGAAAAUGUUCUCUUCCCUUUUUGGGAACAAGGAGGCUCGGAUCCUCGUCCUCGGAUUGGACAAUGCUGGCAAAACCACUAUUCUAUAUCGGCUACAGAUGGGGGAGGUUGUGUCCACAAUUCCAACGAUUGGAUUCAAUGUUGAGACAGUGCAGUACAGCAACAUCAAAUUCCAAGUAUGGGAUCUCGGUGGACAGACAAGUAUCAGGCCAUAUUGGAGAUGCUAUUUUCCAAAUACUCAAGCCAUAAUCUAUGUUGUUGACUCUAGCGACACUGACAGGCUGGUAAUAGCAAAAGAGGAGUUUCAUGCUAUCUUGGAGGAGGAAGAGUUGAAAGGUGCAGUUGUUCUUAUUUUUGCCAAUAAGCAGGAUCUUCCUGGUGCACUUGAUGAUGCUGCAAUAACUGAGGCCUUAGAGUUGCACAAGAUAAAAAACCGCCAAUGGUCUAUCUUUAAAACUUCUGCGAUAAAAGGCGAAGGUCUUUUUGAGGGCUUAGACUGGCUGAGUAACACACUGAAGUCUGGAGGUGGCUAAUUCAUUGGCCUUGGAAAUUUCUGCAAAGCCAACUCAGAAUUUGGGAGGAAUGACGUUCUGAUAGAAGAUUUCAUUCAAGACUCAAGAAUACAGUUAUGUCAGUUGACCUUCUCCGAUUUUUCUUCUGUUCCCGUUUUGGACUAAACCACUGAUAUACUAGUCAAACUUUUCAUCAUAGAUUAUAUUAAGUAUGAAAAUUAGGUUUUUAUAUUUGUAAUUUGCACCGUUUGUCUUUUGCUAGUUUUUGUGUUGUUGGUAUUCUGCUGUGGGGUUCCUUUCCCUGUAGUGCUAUAAUGUAUUUCCUCUAAGGCUGGACAUGGAAAGUGUUAUGUUGCUUCAUUUAGUGCUUGGUUUAUUAAUGUGUCACCAUUAUUUGUGGUAUAUCAUAACACUGUUCUUUAAUUUGUAAAACCAAGUGAUUGAUGAAUGUUUAUCCGGCAAUAUUUCUAGUUGA